GAGGGUAUAUAUGUAUAAAUAGAAAGACAAGAGGAAUCACCGAACCCCGAACUCUUAAUAAAGAGGAAGCCCAAAAAGAUGAAUUUCUUGAGAGGAGUCAUGGGUGGGCAGUCUGCGGGGCCACAGCCUUCCGGUGCAGAGACGAUCCAGAAGCUGUGUGAUAGAGUGGCUUCCUCCACUCUGCUGGAGGACCGCAGGGAUGCAGUGCGAGCCCUCAAAGCUCUGUCUAAGAAAUACCGGCAGGAAGUUGGCACACAGGCAAUCACUCAGCUAAUUCAUAUACUGCAGACUGACAGCUCUGACUCUGAAAUUAUUGGAUAUGCAUUGGAUACACUAUACAAUAUAAUUUCCAAUGAUGAAGAGGAGGAACAAGAUGAGUCGGAAGAAGAGAAUUCUCUGAAGCAGGCAGAUGACCUUGGAGCUCAGUUCACAGAUGAAUUAAUCAAUGAACAAGAAAAUGUCACACUUAUCCUGAGACUUUUGGAGGAAUUUGACUUCCAUGUGCGAUGGCCUGCAGUGAAGCUCAUCACUGCCCUGCUGAAGAAUCGCUGCGCUCAAGUCCAAGGGAUCAUCCUCGUCAGUCCUAUGGGUGUUUCAAGACUUAUGGACUUACUAGCAGACUCCAGAGAAGUUAUUCGAAAUGAUGGACUGUUGCUGCUGCAACAGCUGACUAAAGGCAAUGCAGCCAUUCAGAAAAUUGUAGCUUUUGAAAAUGCCUUUGAACGGCUUCUUGAUAUCAUCUCAGAGGAGGGAAACAGUGAUGGAGGUAUCGUAGUUGAGGACUGUCUGCUACUUCUGCUGAGUCUGCUCAAGAACAACAGCUCCAACCAGAACUUCUUCAAGGAGGGCUCUUACAUCCAGCGAAUGAAGCCCUGGUUCGAAGUGGGGGAUGACAACUCUGGCUGGUCUGCGCAGAAAGUGACAAACCUCCAUCUCAUGCUGCAGCUUGUCCGAGUGAUGGUCUCACCAGUGAACUCCCCUGGAGCCACCAGCAGCUGCCAGAAGGCCAUGUACCAGUGCAGCCUUCUACAGCAGCUCUGCACCAUUUUAAUGGCCACCGGCGUUCCUGCUGACAUUCUCACUGAGACCAUUAAUACUGUAUCAGAGGUCAUCCGCGGUUCCCAAGUGAACCAGGACUACUUUGCUUCAGUGAAUGCCCCUUCCAGUCCUCCGAGGGCCGCGAUAGUGGUGCUGCUGAUGUCCAUGGUGAAUGAGAGGCAGCCGUUUGUCCUGCGCUGCGCGGUUCUCUACUGCUUCCAGUGCUUCCUGUACAAAAACCACAAGGGCCAAGAGGAGAUCGUUUCCACACUCUUGCCAUCGACCAUUGAACCGAACUCCAUCACGGCAGGCCAGCUGUUGUGCGGGGGCCUGUUCUCCACAGACUCGCUGUCCAACUGGUGCGCGGCGGUGGCGCUCGCCCACGCCCUGCACGACAACCUCACCCAGAAGGAGCAGCUCCUGAGGGUGCAGCUGGCCACCAGCGUGGGCACCCCGCCCGUCUCCCUGCUGCAGCAGUGCACCAACAUCCUGUCCCAGGGCGAUAAGAUCGACCGCAGGGGCAGUAAGGUCCAGACGAGGGUGGGUCUGCUCAUCCUGCUCUGCACCUGGAUCAGCAGCUGUCCCAUCGCUGUCACUCACUUCCUGCACAAUCCAGAAAAUGUCUCCUACCUAACGGGGCAGAUCUCGGAGAACCUGGGAGAGGACGAGCGGCUAGUGCAGAGCCUGUGUGCGCUUCUCCUGGGGAUCUGCAUCUGCUACAACGACAACUCCCUGGAGAACUACACCAAAGAGAAGCUGAAGCAGCUGAUCGAGAAGAGGAUUGGGAAGGAGAACUUUGUGGAGAAGCUGGGCUUCAUCGGCAAACAGGAGCUGUACUCCCGGGCGGCCCAGAGGCCCCAGCCUGCCUUCUCCGCCCCGGAGCAGAUGCUGUUCGACCACGAGUUCGCCAAGCUGGUGAAGGAUCUGGAGGCUGUGAUAACCAAGUCAGUACACAAGUCCAGUGAGGAGGAGAAAAAAGAGGAGGAGGUGAAAAAGACUCUGGAACAGCACGACAGUAUAGUGACGCAGUACAAGGAGCUCAUAAGGGAGCAGGACGCCCAGAUAAAUGAACUGAAAGAGAAGGUUACAUCCUUGACCUCUCAGAAUGAACAGAUGAAGACAACAGUGGCACAACAGCAGGCCCAGAUACAGCAGCAUAAGGACCAAUACAGCGUCCUCAAGCAUAAACUAGAGAAGGACAGCCAGCAGGCCGGCAGUCAGGGGGAGGGGGCCCACGUCAACGGCCUGCAGACCGAGGAGGUGGGCCGGCUGCGGGAGGAGCUGCAGGAGCUGCACAGAAACACUGCGCAGCUGCAGACGCAGCUGAGCGACAGGGACGCCCUCAUCGCCGACCUGAAGUCAGAGAAGGCACAGUCUGAUAACGGGUCAGAGAACAACGCCGAGCUCCUCAAGGAGCUGGAGACGCUGAAGGGCCGAGUGGAGUCCCAGACGGCAGAGAUCAGCCAACUACAGGCCGAGAGGCAAGACCUUCUGCAGAGAGCUUCCCAGUCAGCUAGUGCAACCUCAGCCCCAGAGGUGUCUGCCAGUGGAGACCAUGAAAAGCUUCUCUCUGCCCAGGCUGAGGAGAUCGAGAGACUAAAGGAGGAAGUGAGGGGAUUAUCGGAGUCCAGGAGCAGUCUGGAACAGCAGCUGGCCUCGGCUAACAGCAGCGUGGCCAUCCUGCAGACCGAGACGACCAAACUCGAGCAGGAGGUGGCCGAGUCCAAAAAGGAGCAGGAUGACCUCCUCAUGUUGCUUGCAGACCAAGACCAGAAGAUUGUAUCCCUGAGAAACAGGCUGAAAGAGCUGGGAGAGUCGGUUGAAGAUGAUGAUGACUUGGAUUCAAAGGACCAGUUUGAUGAUGACGAUGACGAUGAAGAAGAUGAUGAAUAG